CGGGGAGGUUGUUAUAGCUACCCAGAUCCGCAGGGGUUCCGUCUGUCUAUUUAAAGCCCCUUAAAUCUUCCUCCCCCUUUAAACACCAUCUUCCCCGGGACUCGCGGGCCAACUUGUCUUUAAUGAGUAUUAAAACCCUAUCUCCGCGCAAUUAGCUCAUUCCAGCCCGGGCGGCUCUGACUGACAGAGACGAGGGAAGCAUCCGCGUUUUCCCUGUGGCGAUCAGUGCUGAUUGGAGCCUUCAAAGGGAGCUCCUGCUACCUUUUUUGUUUUUGUUUUUUUUCUUCUUCUUCUUCUCUCCUUAAAUAUUUGGCUCUCGGGUUCUUCACUGUCUUGGCUGGGGCGCAAGGAGCCCCCCCUUUACUUUCUCUCCUCUCACACUUGCUCUCUUCUUCUAACCCCCCCCACCCCGCCCGCUCCCGAAGGCGCCCGAGGAAAGCGAGUUGGCUCCCUCUUACCUGCUCUAGUCUCUCCUACGAGAGUUUAGCUUGGGGAGGGAGGGGGGAGAGGCGGGGAGAGGAGCCGAUCGCACACCUCGCUGCCAGGAGGGGGACGCACAGGAGCCAGGAGGGGGCUCCAGGGGAGGGGGGAGGGGGGCGCCUCUCCUCUUUUCCCCCUCUUUCUCUUCUUUUCAACUUUUCCCCGUGUUUGGGGUGAGAGGUCCUGAAGAACCUCGAAUUUUUCGCUUUAAAAAAUCUAUUUUGGGGGUGAGGGCUUGUUGCUGUUUUUCCUGCUCCCGUGGCGAUGGCCCCGUUUGGAUAUUUCUUUUUUCUCUGCGGGCUGAAGCAGGCGAUGGGCAGCUACCCGAUCUGGUGGUCUUUGGCUGUGGGGCAUCAGUACACCUCGCUGGGCACUCAGCCCAUCCUGUGUGGGAGCAUUCCCGGCCUGGUGCCCAAACAACUGCGCUUCUGUCGGAAUUAUGUGGAUAUCAUGCCCAGUGUGGCUGAAGGUGUGAAGAUUGGCAUCCAGGAGUGCCAGCACCAGUUCCGAGGUCGCCGAUGGAAUUGUACCACUGUCAACAACAGCCUUGCCAUCUUUGGCCCGGUACUGUACAAAGCCACCAGGGAGUCAGCCUUUGUCCACGCCAUUGCCUCAGCUGGCGUGGCUUUCGCCGUGACCCGCUCCUGUGCUGAAGGCUCUGCUGCCCUCUGUGGCUGCGACACCCGCCACAAGGGCUCCCCAGGUGAAGGCUGGAAGUGGGGGGGCUGCAGCGAGGACGUGGAAUUCGGCGGUAUGGUGUCCCGGGAGUUCGCCGAUGCCCGAGAGAACCGGCCUGAUGCCCGCUCGGCCAUGAACCGCCACAACAACGAGGCAGGGCGGCUGGCCAUCAUUGACCACAUGCACUUGAAGUGCAAAUGCCACGGGCUGUCUGGCAGCUGCGAGGUGAAGACGUGCUGGUGGUCGCAGCCCGACUUCCGCGCGGUGGGCGACUACCUGAAGGACAAGUAUGACAGCGCCUCGGAGAUGGUGGUGGAGAAGCACCGGGAAUCCCGGGGCUGGGUGGAGACGCUGCGGCCCCGCUACAAUUACUUCAAGGCCCCCACCGACCGGGACCUGGUCUACUACGAGAGCUCGCCCAACUUCUGCGAGCCCAACCCCGAGACGGGCUCCUUCGGCACCCGGGACCGCGCGUGUAACGUCACGUCGCACGGCAUCGACGGCUGCGACCUCCUCUGCUGUGGCCGAGGCCACAACACCAGGACGGAGAAGCGCCGGGAGAAAUGUCACUGUGUCUUCCACUGGUGCUGCUACGUCAGCUGUCAGGAGUGCACCCGCGUCUACGACGUCCACACGUGCAAAUAGACGCGGGCCGGCGCCGGGAGGGCGGGGGUGCCUUCCCCCCCACCCCCAGACCAGAUGAACCGAGGAUGCCUCUUGUCCUCCCUCCCGCCCCCUCCCCAUCCCAGGGCCCCAAAGAGGAAGAGGUCAUAGAAUUUAGAGCUGGACGGGACCUCUGACAACCGCAUUUAGUCCAAGCUCAUUUUACAAAAGAGGGGAAACUGAGGCCGAGAGAGGGGAGGAUCACACAGGAAGUACGGGACAGAGCUGGGAUUCAAACCCUGUCAAGCAGCCCUUCUGCCGGGCCACACUCUCUGUAUUAUACCAUGGGGCAUGAAUGAGGGCACUCCAUAAAGGAUUUUUGUUGUUGUGGGGAGUGGGGGGAAGUGAGGGAAGCAGGGUGUCAUCCGGAUUGGGUCCUGGUGUGGAAACUCCUUCCACCCGUGCAGAUCUGCAACUCAUCUGCAGCUGAUAGUCUUCCAUAGCCUCCUGAGGAACACAGAAAGCUGGGGUCACACUGAAGAGUAUAAAGUUACACAAACACAAGGAGGUCCUGAUAUUAUAGGAUCCUUCAUAGGAAAAAAAGAGGGUCCUAGGAUUUAAAGUUGGAAGGGACCUGAGAUCAUCCAAACCAAGCCCCUCAUUUUAGAAAGAAGGAAACUGAGACCAGAGAAGCCAAGGGACUUGCUCAGUCACUCCACUAAUAAAUAAGAGGCCAGAACUUGAACUCAAGCCCUCUAACUCAAAAUCCAGCUUCCUUUCCAUUUUAUCAUGAUUGCCUCCUUGUCUUUGGGAGCUGGGGGAAGAGAGAAAAGGAGGCAGAGGUCUCAGUGGACUAGCCUCCAACAGGAAUAAAUGACCACCUGGGACAGGCUCCUGUGGGGACUUCCCCAGGGGGGCGGAAAAAAAAGCUUGUCCUAAUGUGUUACUGCUAUGAUUUCCAUCCCUUCAUCUCUGAUAAGAUCAAAGUUCCCAAUAAAUGCUAGCCCUAUUCUAUAGGUGCAGAAAAGGGGGGGGGGGAUUGUACAAGCAAUACCCAGAAGGUGAUUUCUGCCCAAGAUCCAUGUUCCCAAAGUCAUAUAUGUUUCCAAUUUGUUUUGUUUGUCCCCAGAGGUCAGAGUUAGGAGUAGGGGUGGGGGGAAGCGGGGAGUGAUGAGGGCAGAGUAGAAAGAAAGGCAGGUUUCACCUCAGUAUAAAGGCAAACUUCCUAAUCGUUACAAUUGUCCAAAAGGGGAAUGGCCUACCUCAAUGGAAGUCUCUAGACGAUGACUUCUCAUCGGAUGUAAUAGAGAACGAUCCUUUUCAAAUAUGAGCCAGAUGGUUUGGAAGGUCUUUUCUAGCUCUGAAACUCUAUGAGUGGGCAAGAGAGUCAGUCUGGGGUGAAGAUGCCAAUUCAUAUGUAUCUUCCUGAACAGUUGGGGGAAAGAGUUCAGAAACACUGAGUGUUGGGAAACCAUUGUUGGGGGAAUCACUUGUUGGGGAGAUUGCAAAGAAAACACCUGUUCAAGACGCUGCUGGACCAGAUGCCCUCCAACGCUCUUCCCAGCUGGAAUAUUCCAACUUGGAGAUGCUGUUAUUCCAAAGCAAGACUUGACAGGAAUAUGGACUAGCUGGGGUCCCAAACAACCCCAGCCCUCGCCCCCUUGGAAUUACCAGAAGAAACCACCAGCAUUCAGCGACAUUCAGACUAGCUCAGAACAUCACCAUGAGUCUAGAGACUUAAAAGUUGUCCUCAGCUGGGCAAGGAAUCAUGCCAGCUGGCUCACAGAACUCCAUCUUCAUUCAUUCCCACCAGAACACACAGGUGUGUGUAGAUUUAUGUACACAUAUGUGCCCACCAGAUGCCUUCCAUGGUCUUCAUUUUGAGUGGGGGAGUAGAAGGAGAUUUCUUCUAUAGUUUCUGGAGCAGCAACAGGACAGGAAUGGGUUCUGAGGUUGGAACAUGCCCGACAGAGCAAGAUUUCUGUUAGGUCUUUCUGAGGUGUAGAAUUUUGACUUCCUAGAUCUUUACUGAUCAUUCUCAAGAACCAAGAGAUGGCUCUGUAUCCCUCUCCUUUUAAAAACAAAUGGACAUCGAACCCUUAGGUUUGGCUCAUGCCCUCCAUAGUCACUCCCAGUUUUCCCAAAAAAAGAUGUGACCCACACGUAGCUGCCAAGGGUUAUGGAGCUGAGGGGAUUAUUUCUCCCAUUCUAGCUUUCUCUGUACCCCAACCCUGAGGACCCUAUACCCAUUCAUUCCAUGGCUACCUAGAACACUUCCCUCACCCUUUCUUCAACAUCUUUCUACUUUCCUGCCCCAGGUAAUCUCUAACUUCCACAGUGCCACCUCCAAAGAGAAGAAGAGGGGAAUUUGGCCAACUAAGUAUCUGCCCCCAUGUAAAUCCAGGAAUUCAGUUGUCCAAGGUCAGAUUUGGUGUGAGGGAUGGUCUCCCCUCCUCUUCCCAUCCUUUAAAACAAAUUGGCGGCUACACCCAGCACAGGGAGUCACCAAGCUAGGACCUCUGAGAAAGAGUUAUUCUCACCUCCCAUCCCUGCUGUCCUUCCUCCAUGCUUCCACUCAUCCCUCACCCACUCUUUUUUGGACUGCUCAUUGGGCUCAGUGGGAUAGUCUGAAAGUCAAGCCCAUCAUGGAUCCUGGAGUACGGAGAAGCAUAUACAUGGCUAGAUGUUCCAGCUCUUUCACUUCUCUUCCUUCUCUAUCUUGAUCCUGGCCUUGAAACAAAUUCCCUGAGAGCUCCACCUGACCAGGCAGAGGCUGGGGGCAAAGCCCUCUGGUGUAUAGGUGAUUUAUAAUGUUUGAUCUUUUGAGUGACACCCCCCUCCCUUGUUCUUCAUCUGGAAAAUGGAGCAAAUACCAAAUUAGGUCUUUUUCUUCAAGGCCUCACUUUCCCAUGGUUUCCCUUCUACCUUUGCACUCCCAUCACUGAUAAAUGUGAAACUGAUCCUUCUGACUUCCAGCUCUCUAGCAGAGACUUGGACCCUCCGAGAUCAGAGGUGGGACUAGUAGGAGAUGUGCAGUUUUGCAAAGAGAAAAAUUUGCAGGAGACUGAGGGAGGGAGACAAAAAUUCCUCUUCCUUUUUUAUUUUAAACUUUUAUUUUAAAUGCUGCUAUAUCCACCAUACACUGGAACUAGACAAACAGACAAGACUUAUUUUUUCUUUUCUUUCUAUGAAAGAAAUUGUUUUAGACUUAGCUUUAGGAAAAUUUUAAAAGAAAAAAAAGAAAUGUGAAGUUGUGUGUUCAUUUCCCAAGGUUCCAGGAGCCUGAAUCUAGGAUCUCCCUGGAACGUGACAGCCAGUGCUCAGGGAGUCUCUGGAUGUCACCUGAUUUAGCUUCUGGGAAAGGGUGGGGCUUUCUGGGCUUUGGUGAUGCCAGUGAACCUUGGCUCACUACUUUGUUUGACAGGACACAGUAAGGGCUAAGAAGAAAACAUGGACAGGCUUUGAAGCCCCCCAGUGCUGUGGCCCAUAGCUGUUUGCCCAUCCCCAAUGGGGGAAAAGAAGAUCGAGGCCAUUUGUUCUCUACCCCACCUUCCCAUGCCUUUGGAAGUUGACAUAGUAGCAGUGGCCCUUGCCCCUGAGAAGAGAAUGGCCCUGGGAACCAAUAUAGAUAGGGGGUGGGGUAAGGCAGACUAGCUUCCCACAUUUGAUAUCCAGAUUCUAAAGAAGUCUUCCUUAGGCCCUUCUCUGAGUCCAAGAAUUCUGAAUCUAGUCUACCUGGCCUAGCUCCUAGCCUUGACGAUUUCCAUGCUAAGAACAUGGGAAGCCAGCAGAGCUCUGUGAAUUACACUAGGAGUCAGGAAACUUGGGUUCUAUUACUCACACACACCCCAAUACCUCCUGCCUCGAUACGUGGCCUGGCCCUGUAUGAUGUGGGAAGCUUCAUCCUUGUCCCUCUGGGCUUCUUGGGGCUGGGGCUGGAAUGCAAGAUGAUUAUUGUAGAUAAGAAAAUCUUCAGUAAUUCAAGAUAUGUUUCUCUUCCCUGCUGGCUCAUGCCAAAUCAAUAUUGGUGUCCCUAAAGGCAAUGAGUUAGCAAAGGGAGGUAGUAAGUAGCUUCCUUUCCUUGGAAAUCUUCAAGCAGAGGUAGGAUGACCACUGGUUAGGAACAUCAUAAAGGGGAGACUAGUCAGACAAACUUACCUCUGAGGUCCUUUCCAGCUCUGAGAUUCAAUAAGACGAUGUAUUUAAGUUCCAAAUGGUUUGGCCAAGAUGGUGGAGCUGGCCAAGAUUCCUGAUGAGAAAGGAGAGAUCUGCCAAGCUUCCCUUCCUGGCAAGUGCUCCCUCAUAAAGUACCCUCUUCUGAAGAGAGGGCUUUUAAGUAUGUUCUGCAUUCCCAGCCUCUUGUCUUGGUUUGGCCAUAUCUCUCCCUUCCCUGGGCGAUGUGGACCCCCAAAUCUUCUCUUCUAUUGGCCCAUAUUUCCAGGGGUGGCCUCUGGUCUUAAGGGGAUGCCUGAGGCCUCAUCUCACCCAUAUUCCUCAUUGCCCCUUCCCUACAGCUCACAAGGGAACUCCUCAGGAAGCUGGUCUGAUUUUUCCCGUGAUGCCAGCCAAGACCUUGUUUGUUUCUUCUGGGUGACCAGAAGUCUUAGACACGGCCAACAAAGGAGUCGCUGCUAUCUCUACCCAAGGCCUCCUUCCAUCUGUUCCAAUCUCAAUUGUCAAGGCCCCAACCUCCCUGAGAAUCUUCUGUAUCCUCCCUUUCCAGUAACACAUUUCUAUAGCACUUUAAGGUUUGCCCAGGACUUUCCUCACAAUGACCAACCCUGUAAAGUGGAUACAGCAAAAAUGAUCAUCCCCAUUUUACAGUUGAGGAAACUAAGGACCAGAGAGCCGAAGUUGAUCUGUUCACACUAUUACUAAGUGGCAGAACUGAGGUUCAAACCCAGCAUCUCCCAAUUCCAAGUCUGUUGUUCUUUUCAUGCCACCACACUUAACAAAUGUCAGAGCUGAGAAGGGACCUCAGAGGUUAUCUGGUCCAACCCCCUCAUUUUACAGAAGAAGAAACUGAGCCCCAGAGAGGGAAGAGUAUUAUCUAGGUCACAUAGCCAGUCAGGGGGUAGAGUCAGGGCUUAAACCCAUAUCUCUUGACUCCCAGCCCAGGGCUCUUUUCAUUACACCAAAAUCUCUCCCAUAACAGACAGGCCCUUUCUUGUGAACUAGGCUCCAUCUAUUGCUCUAUCCCUAUGUCUAAAAAUACUACCCUCUCUCAUUUUUCCCAGCUCCUCUGCCUCAUCCAGCCUGGUAUCCCCUGGUUUCUGUACCCCUUGGUCAUUUCUUCUGUUUGUGGCUUUUUGUUUUUACAAUUAUUUAUUUGACAGACAAGUGUCUUCUGUAUUAGGGAGAGUUUAUAUUUGCAAAAGGUGGUGGGGAACAAAGAGGAAGAGGAAAGACCUCCUCAGCCUCUAAGGGUUUUCUCCCCACCACCGCUCACCCACCAGGACAUCGGUGAUGGAUUGGGUCUCUUGAGGCCGCAGCAAGUUGUUAGAUGUGUUAACUUUAUAAUGAUAAUAAAAAAUGUGUUAAUGUUCAA